AUAGCAAAUGGAUGUAAGCGAGCGGACAAGUCAGACGAGGUAUAUCUUCUGCCGCGGAGAGUCCUUGGAACUAGAAACCUGCUACCAAGGCUGUUAUCAAGAAUGUCAACUGGCGUGGCGACCCUUUUACUGACGCUACUGACGUUACUAUCGUUAAUCCUGUCACCGAUACAUGGAAAGGAUAUUGGAGAGGAAUGUACGAUUAAUAAUUCAGGCGGGUCCUUGACGUCAGGUGUAUGCACGCUCCUGCAAGACUGCCAGCCAGUUUAUGACGCACUGUUAGCCGGAAAACCACCCAGUACGAGAUGCGGAUUUGUAGGUUUUGAACCGACAGUCUGUUGUCCAACAAAUAAUGGAAAGGAUACCACUACGAAAAGGAUAACGUCAAAAACAACCACAGGCACCACCAUAAGCACCACCACAAGCACCACCGAAAGAAUAAGCACGCCGCGAACUUUGAUAUUGGACAACAGAAGAGGAUCAUUAGCACGAGCAAAAUGUGCGGAGAGUGCGGAAGCUGUUUAUGGCUUCGAAUUACCACCUACGCUUCUACUGGACCGAGAACCUGUGAACAGAUCGAGAUGUGCCUUGAAAACGCGCAAAUUGAUCGUCGGAGGUAAGAAAGCUGAGCCGAAAGAAUUUCCGCACAUGACGGCUAUCGGAUUCGAAAAUGGAGAGAAUGAGAUACUGUGGCAAUGUGGUGGUAGCCUGAUUUCCGACAAAGUGGUAUUGACAGCGGCCCAUUGUACUUUUAGCAAAGACUGGGGAAUCGCGAAGUGGGCACGAGUCGGUGACCUGAAUCUAGCGCGGACGAAUGAUGAUGCAAGGCCGCAAACCAUUAGAAUCGUUGAAAGAAUAUCGCAUCCUGAUUAUAAAAAUCCGUCGGAGUAUCAUGACAUAGCCAUAAUGAAGUUGGAAACCUCAGUUACCUAUAACGCAUGGGUCAGGCCGGCAUGUCUCCCGGUUGACUUACCUGAUACUGGUAUUGAUGGUCAAGCAGUUGCUACUGGAUGGGGACGUGUUGAUUGGGCCGAGGAACAGGGUUCCGACAAUUUGUUAAAAGUGACGCUCAGUUUGGUUCCGCAGCAGUCUUGCAAUGAAAGCUUUUUCGAUGUCGAUAGCAUUAUCAAGCUUGCACGAGGCAUUGUUGACGAAUGGCAAAUAUGUGCGGGAGAAGAAGGAAAAGAUACUUGUCAGGGUGACAGCGGAGGACCUCUGGCCGUUUUUAACACGGUUCAUGAGUGUGUGUAUAACAUAAUUGGUAUUACGAGUGUAGGACGACUAUGCGGAAGCAUCAUACCUGGUAUAUACACUCGAGUCUAUAACUACAUCCCCUGGAUAGAAAGAGCUGCAUGGCCAGAGUACUUCAAAAAUAAUCAGUACAAUUAAGAGCUAGCUUAUAAAUAUAUUUACUUUUUAUACAUAACUCAUAAUAAUAUUUUUGCCUUUAUAAAAAUUAUUUUUCUGUUAAUAAUCUUAAUCCUAUUCUCCUCUUAUUUUAAUCUCAAUUAUACAGAGUCUGAUACAUAUAUAUCUGCUCGUAUAUAGAAAUUAUGAAGUAAAAAUGUCUUUUACUAUGUUACAAAUAACUACGAUAUUUAUUAAGAUAUAAAAAUUUGGUGGAAAAAUACAUAUAAUAUAACGUGAGGUGUGUUGAGUUGUUCUGCUCAAAUGCAAAAAUGUUUCAAUAAAAAAUC